AUGAAAACUUUGAAGAAGAAAAGGGGAUUUGUGGCCCCAGAAAGUGCUCCGGAUAGUAAUAAAGUGAAGAACUUCUUCUCGAGGGUUGGAAGUGGUUUACGUAGUGCUUUCCACAAACCCCACCAACAUAGUGUACCAGUUAGUAACCGUGACGUUAGCAACCAUUGCUAUUCUUCCGAUGAUCUGAGGACAAGCAAAGAAUUGAAGGUUUCCACUGCAAGUGCGACAACUGAUGGUCUGUCUUUAAGCAAAACGAUCGUGUUUCCUCUGCUAUUCAUAUAUUGGAUGAUUCACAUAAUUCUAGCCCACGGUCAUCAUAUAGCCGUGAAAGUUUGCCGCCGUUUCAUAAUGCUACCGCUUUUCGAUCAUACCCAACAAUUGUCGUUUGAUUCAAUCUUAAAGAAGAAAAUAAAUAAACUUUAUGAUUCAUUCUUUGCUGGUUUAAUCAGUUUACAGCAUCGACUAGCUGUCAGUAGACCUCGAAAUCGUCGUCCACCUACAAAAGCUACCAAUCAUCAAUCAGAAAAUAUUGAUGACAACUUUGUCUGCUUCUUUUCCCCAUCAUCAUCAUCUACCAAUGUGCCAAUUAAUUCUUUCAUAUCAACUCCCAAUCCUCAAUUGGAUCUUAUCAAAGAGGAAGGUGAAGUAGUAGUAGUAGUAGAAGAGGAAGAAGAAAUCAAUAAAACGUCUGAUCGUGCAACAUCGCCUAGUUCAUUCGAUGUGGAUUUGACAAGUUUUUCAAGCAUUAUAAAUACCGAGGAAACUAUUCAUGAUAGUCAGAAUUCAAGUCAGUUUAACUCCCCAAUAUCACGGAUUAGCUUAAGAGGAAGCACCAAAUCCUUCUGUAAAUCGGACUCUUUGAAACGUGAAUCUCAACCCUCCCUUCAACCUGAUUAUACAACUGGAUGGGAUCAUGAUACACCAACACCGUAUAAACCACCGAAGAAAGGAAUUGGAUUUGAACGAAUAAAGUUGAAUUCAUUCAUUGAAUCGGAUCGUAUAAUAACACCAUUAUCACAUAAUCAUGAAGCGGUGACUGGUGGUGGUCAGAAUAUCCGUCCACAUUCCAUGUUCAUUGCAUCCAGUGUGAAGGGGGAGACAACACAGAAUAGCGUAAAAUUAAAGCCUGUAAAUAUACUGAAUGAUCUCGACGAUAAACAACAACAACAACAACAACAUGAUGAAAGUUUAUCAUUUACAUCUUCUGAAUCUAUCCCAUCAAUUGUAUUCAUACCGUGUAAAUCGUCUGUUGAAAAAGUUUCUCGUGAUUGUAAUGAAGCUAAGGAGGAUAUCAAUGAUUCUGGAUGGCCGAUUGUAAAGAAAUCUAUUUCAAUCGACCCAGAAGAAUCUACCAAUAAAUACUCUUCAAGUUCACUUGUUCAACCGAUGCCUAUUCUUCGAAAGCAUGCUGAAAAUGCUAAAGCUAAAUCAACAUCUUCAGAGAAUCGUGUCUCACGUGUACUGGAUUUGGUGAAAGCAUUUGAAGCGUCUAAUUACUGA